AUGAUCAAAUCCGAUAUACAACGCCUCGAUGCCAAGCGAAGACAUGUCAAUGAAAGGAAGAAACAAUUUGCUGUGGCGGUAUACAAGCAGCAAGACUAUCCACAUCGACUAAACUUCUACGAGCUCCCACCUACCUCCGAGAUCAGUCUCGAGGAUUUUGAGAAAUGGGCGAUCCACCGGCUACGGAUUCUUGCUGAGAUUGAAGCGUGCUCCUUUCGGAACAAAACGCCCCAGGAAACAGCUGCACAUAUUGAGCCCCUUCUCAAAAAAUACCUACCACUUUCAGCAAACUCAGCUGCCGCUGGUGGAGUGAUUGACCAACGUCUUAGAGACGAACGGUAG